AGCCUGCCUGUUGGGGCGGAUGUCCCACCCUCUGGGGGUUCCGCGGUGGAGAGGGUGGCCGCAGCGAUGGCAGCUGUGACAGAUGUACAGAGGCUGCAGGCCCGAGUGGAGGAGCUGGAGCGAUGGGUGUACGGACCAGGCGGAGCCCGCGGCUCGCGGAAGGUGGCUGAUGGUCUGGUCAAGGUGCAGGUGGCUUUGGGGAACAUUGCCAGUAAGAGGGAGAGGGUGAAGAUUCUCUACAAGAAGAUUGAAGACCUGAUCAAAUACCUGGACCCCGAGUACAUCGGCCGCCUCGCCAUCCCUGAUGCCUCGAAGGUGCAGUUCAUCCUGGCAGAGGAGCAGUUUAUCCUCUCCCAGGUUGCACUCUUGGAGCAGGUGGACGCCCUGGUACCCAUGCUGGACAGUGCUUCCAUUAAAGCUGUUCCUGAGCAUGCCGCCCGCCUGCAGCACUUGGCCCAGAUCCACAUCCAGCAGCAGGACCAGUGUGUGGAGAUCACUGAGGAGUCCAAGGCUCUCCUGGAGGAAUACAACAAAACUACGAUGCUUCUCUCUAAGCAGUUCGUGCAGUGGGAUGAGCUACUUUGCCAGCUAGAGGCUGCCAAGCAAGUGAAGCCGGCAGAAGAGUGACAGCUACUCCCAUCCCAGAGCAGCCAGGCUCCUGCGCCCCGUGCCAGUCUGUCAAGGCAAAGAAGGUUUUGUAUUUAUUGGAUCCUGGAAUCACUUGUCUGCAUUCAGGUGGGGCUCUGAGGUCAGAGAUCCAAUUACCUGGAAAUUGUGAUUUGUAAAUGCCCUCUUCCAUCAGUGUAUUUAUCCCAGUGACAAUAAACUAUAGGGAUCACUGGAGAAGUGCGCUGGCUUCCUGGUCACUGGCGACCUUGAUGGUAAAGAGCUGCCAGCCUGCCCAUUGA